UCCGUCCUUCUUCGUGGUUGCUGAGAGCCUUACAAUAGUCGCAACCUCCUGUUCCAUUCAAUCCGGGACGGGCCAGCCUUUUAAGACCCACCCUUCCCAGCUUUCCGGGACACCUGACUGGGGCCCGAGUUACCGGCGGCAUUACUGCUGGAUUUCGGGAUAAUCUCCGCCUAGCCUAGCGGGCACCGCCUGGUAGCUCCUCACCCGACGGCUGCCUCACGCACUUCUGCGAGUGCUUAUCGAAAACAGUCGCAUCCGCAAGGUCGUCAGACCCCUGAACUAACGUCCCUGCUGCCCCAUCAAUUCCCCUGCUUGUGCUGCGUCGAUUAACCUUGGUGCGCAAUAAGGCGGGUUCUUCUGGUUCUUCAAGCGUCGAAUCUACGCGGGUUUUGUUUGCUGGGCAUUGUGCGACUUUCACCGUCUCCUGGCGAGCACGUCCUCAACACAGCUGAAUACACCGUAAACUGGAAAUAUUCGAGGUUCUGUAUGGCUUCCAAAUAAUGUGAUGAAAUAUCCUGGUUUAGAAUGCUUACUGUAUUUGUUAGCCGAUAGAAAUUUUGGUAGUCGGUGUCGAGACAUAAGCUCUAUCCCACAGACCCGAGUGUCUGCUGAGGCCAUACGGAGCGCUAGUUCAUCACAUAGUUGCUGUCGUUAUACAUUCGCUGUUGAUACAAGCGCAGUAGGCAGGCUUGAUAAUAAUUCUCCUCAACAUCAAAAGAGUUUUGCAACAUGCUCUAGAGCAGUGUUUCCCAAACUUUUAGGAGGUUUCGCCCCCUUGGAGCUUGCGAAAAACAUUUUCGCCCCCCUAAGUGAGAUUUAUUUUUCUAUGAUAAAAGUCUGAACAUUUGCUAAGCGGAAGCCUUUGAAAGCCCACUAUUUGACGCUACUGUGGCAAACUGGUAAUUAAUUUAUCUCAAUUAUUUAGUAUCGCUUUCAUAUUCAUUGAGUUCUUUUCCAAAUGCAUUGGUUGUCUGAGAAAAAAACUGCAUGUAAAAACGAACGCUCGUUUGCCUCAACCAGAUGUUUUACCAGUGGUCUAAAAGUGGUUCUCCAACACCCGAGAUGUUUGGUCACAAGUACUCAAAUAAGACUGGUGGGAAAUUGAAGAAAACAACUGAGGGGGUUAAGUGACAAAAGACACUUUCGAGUAAUUUAUUAUAAUUUUUCCAAACAUCGUAGAAACAAUCUUAAAAAAAUUCAUAAAAGAUUGAAAUCUGAAGAAUUUUAUGAUUUGCUCAGCUCUUAAUCGAUAAAAUGGUCAUUUACACCCCUUUGAUUCUGGGCCCUCAAUUACAAAAUUAUCAUUUAUGCAAAAAGUGCAACUCAUGAAUGUAUUGGUGUAUUUUUGAAUGUAGUCAGCUUUGCUUAGUAAUUUAAAAUAAAAUGCAUUGACAAGCUUCCUAUAAAUUAGAGAACUUUUUUAUGUCAAAUAAGCAGACAUGCAUUACAUCAAAAUAGCUUCUAGCAAUAAGUUACGUUAAGAAUUCCUUAGGGUAGCUUCUCUGAAAUAUUUAUAAACAAUGUGAGACGACUUUCAUCCGAAAAGUGUUCUAAGAUUAAUCUUAAACUUCAUGUUUUAUGCGAGGUAUGCACUUCAAACGGAGUCGCUCAAGUAAUUUUCGUUCAGUGCAUUAUUUUUCCGUGACCGGAAUGGUCAAGAAAUUUAACACAGCAAGCCCCAUUUGAUUUGACGUUUCGUUUCAGCUCCGUACUAUGAUCCGGAAUAAAGCAUCGCUGUAUUAUUUCUUGAGCGAUUCCUUGCCUGAAUUUUCCACGCAUUGAGAUAGGCCAAGAAAUUUCUUGCGAUCAUCGUACUACCCAUUAGGUUGAAAUUUUCAUGAAAAACAAACCGCAUGAUAAAAAAAACUUUUAAUCACGUUGUUGCCGCUGGGAACACUGCUCUUCCUUUAAGCGGUACAGAACUUCGAGCGAUGACAGCGUCGGCGCGUGACAGUAGAUUAUUUGUGUAGAAUAGAGUAGCAAGAAGGUCUGAAACCAUGAUUAUUAGUUAUUCUAUUGAAAUUCAUUGAAUCAAUUGUUCUACUUAAAUCUAAUUGUUUGAUUAUUCCACCUUAAACUAAUUGGUGAAUGCCUAAGAUCUACGAACAUGCAAUGCUAAAGUUAAACUUAUCUAAAACAUAAAAUACUUGUUGCUUGGGAAGGCGAAAUCAUUGUUAACUAAGUAGAAGCACCGAAAGUUUUAAAGCUGCACCUAACCGCAAACUUCAUGGCGACCCUUUGUGCUGCUGAGAACACGGUGACGAACUGGAUUUCAUAACCCUUCCCCCGCUAACAUUCUUUAAAACUUUCGAUGGCAAACCUACUACCAUUGCCGAAAGUAGCAGCAACGGGAAGCAGCGAUACCAACCCGCGCCCCGAAUUGUACCACAACAUGCCAGGCACUGGCCGCAGUUGUCCGUCAUUGAAUAAGAGUUCACUAAUCAGCAGGGAAUCUGCUCGUUUGGCUCUACGAUUAAAGCAAAUACACGAAGAGCGCGCUAUUCAGCAGCGCGCAAUUGAAAUAGAAAGGCGCGCCUUUGCCCUUGAGCGCAAAAUCCUGGAAGAAAAAUAUAAAUUGUUGGAGCAGCAGAUUCGGAUGAAAUCAGCUGCCCGCAAACGCACCAAUGCCAGCGAAUCAUCAGCCGAUGGUUUCUCUUUGUCAACACCAGCACAUACAGCGAGUGAUACUACGAUGCAUCGGGAACCACAAUUUGAAAAAUUUACGAUACAACCGAAAGGAAUAGAAUCCUCACCAGAUCGAUUGCAAGUGCUUGGGACUCAGCAGCUUAUUUCCAGCGCGUUUCCCAAAGCAGAUUUGAGAAAACAACAUCUGAUCGCAGACAGCAGUGAAAGAUGGGACGAGACUAUCUGCAUCUCUCGUUCGCCGUAUGAAACACCAUCAAGCUCCGAGUUCAACUCUGAAGAUACGGCAGGCCGACUUCAAGAGCUAUAUCACGAGACUGGUCAGCACCAGACACAGAUAAAGGACCAGACUAUCACCAAUAAUUUGCGAAGACUCAACAACAUCAACAGUCAGCAGCGUAUACUGAUACCAAUGCCCACACUUCAACUACAUCAGUACGAAGAAACGUACAAAACCCUCACCAUAGUGUGCGCUUUAAAGGAACUCACGGUUAGAGAGCGAGAGCGAAACGAGUAUGGACCAACGUUGAGUGAGAUACUAUUGUUUCGUAUGCCUUUUUACCUGGACACAGGUCAGAAGUUAGGAAAAAUACGAAGCGCUCAGAAUUGGAUAAACAACAUCGAGGCAAUACUCACUCUGUUUUGUGCAAAAAAGAUCGACCUCUUGGUAGCUGUGAGACACGAUCUCGGAAGCAGUUUGUUGUCGUACGUUUUCGUCGAAGGUCAGAACGCGAUGAUCAAUAGUUUGGUAUCGAACGUACCUUUUCCGAACCUCGCCAAGUUGUCGAUAUUACGUGGAUUUUUCGCAUACACGUCCGCGAAGCAGUUUUGUGAUCAACAAGAACUCCAGACCAUGACUUCAACGAUAUUGACUACAGAGUAUGCAUCAGAAGGCUGCAUCACAAAACAUUUGUCAAACGCAUCUAGCAGUGCAAUCCCUACUGCACUUGAGCAGGAUAAAUCAUCGUCGUCGUCGAAAUUUUCCCGCAACACCAAUCAUUUCUUGCUGGUGUCCUGCUGGGACUUUAGCGUCCGAUCGCACGACGUUGUAAACAACGUCCUGCGCCAGAAGUACUAUCACGACGCGCCGUUUUUGGAUUGCCCUUUUUACUAUUCGGUCCAUACGGUCAGCGCCGGUUUGGACAACCUAGUUGAACUGUCCGAUUUGAACGAAUACGCCGAGAGCUUUGUCGGAAGUCACGACGCUGGAGUGGUGAUGGCUACAUCGGAGCGGAAGGAUCUGAGCUCGUAUUUACCCAGCAUAGGUCAGCAUCUAACCCAGAGGGAAUUCACGCCCAAGCUCCAGAUCCAUGCUAUCCGGUGCUCCCCGAAUGUGAAGCGGUACAUGAUAAGUUGGACCGAGGGUCGGGUGGCUGGGGUGUAUCUCGACGUGGAAGUGCAAAAGAAGAAAGUCGCCUUCAAGUGCCACCGCUCUAAGGAGAACAACAUCGAGCUGAUCUGCACAGUCAAUGCGGUCAUAAACAACGUAUACAACACAUUCGAUACCGGUGGUUCCGAUUGGUAUGGAAACGAUCUUGGAGGACAAGCAUCAUCGAGAGAUUCCCAACUGGUUUGCGCUACCUCGAACCAAGGAGUUUGCUCUCACGUCCCACGGAGACAGGUGGAACACAAUGCUAUCCUGAAAAGCUUGAAGAAGAGAAAUAAGGAUGAGGACUACGGGUUGAUAACGUUUUACAAAGCUGCGAAGGCCAAGUUCAUGCACCAACCGCCGUUAUUAAGAGGAAUAGAACUUGAAAAGCUGUCGCCGUCAUCAGAGAAAGUGGAACCUUCUAAAGAAACUUGGGACAGUGGCGGAAAUUACUUUGAAAUGGAGGAUAAAUCUUUGAUGCUCAACUGUAAGCCUUCACGGACUAGCGCGGCGCCCUUCUUCGGUCAACUUUUGCUACAUGUCCAAAGUUAUUACAGGAGUUCGAACGGCGAUAUUUCAGAUUGCCGAGAUAACAGUGCAAGUGAACGGUAUUGUGAAGAAUAUGAUGUCCUUGAACUAGUGAGUGAAUUUUCCGCGAAGGCUAUACGUGUCAACGGAUUAUCCGGGAUAAAUCAAGCACAGUCGCCAAAGUUAGUUGAUAGGCAGACGUCUUAAUAGGUCGUAAUCGGAGUUAUGAUUGAAAUCCUGGUAACUACAAACUUGUGGGCCUUAUUCAGUGAAACAACCAUGCACAUUUGACAUCGACAACGAGAAAACUAAGUGGUAUGAUAUUUGGUAAAACUGGAACCACUAGCUUGCAACUGGUGGCCAGUGUUACGGGGGGGAGCAUGUUGCCGCUGGGAACACUGCUCUUCCUUUAAGCGGUACAGAACUUCGAGCGAUGACAGCGUCGGCGCGUGACAGUAGAUUAUUUGUGUAGAAUAGAGUAGCAAGAAGGUCUGAAACCAUGAUUAUUAGUUAUUCUAUUGAAAUUCAUUGAAUCAAUUGUUCUACUUAAAUCUAAUUGUUUGAUUAUUCCACCUUAAACUAAUUGGUGAAUGCCUAAGAUCUACGAACAUGCAAUGCUAAAGUUAAACUUAUCUAAAACAUAAAAUACUUGUUGCUUGGGAAGGCGAAAUCAUUGUUAACUAAGUAGAAGCACCGAAAGUUUUAAAGCUGCACCUAACCGCAAACUUCAUGGCGACCCUUUGUGCUGCUGAGAACACGGUGACGAACUGGAUUUCAUAACCCUUCCCCCGCUAACACACGUAAAAAUAAACCCUGUUCCUUUCAUAUUUUUUACAGAAAUUUCUUAUUGAUUAGAUCUCCAAAAUCACUAGAAAUUCUUUGGGAAAUUCAUGUAGCAAUCGUCUGUUUUUUUUAGAAUUAUGCCAAAAUGUCCACAUAAACAUAGAAAAUUUGGUUCAUUCAAUCGAUUUCGAAACAGACAUUUUUCAAAAAUCCUAGAAACAAAAAAUCUUGAAAUGUUAGGGAGUUUUAAUGAUUCAGUUUACCUUCAAUACAACACAAUUCAUUGUGUUGAUAUUCCUCAAUUAUUCAAAAAAAAAUCGCCCCCCUUUUUAGUAUUUUCGCCCCCCAAUUUUUGUUUUUCAAAUUUUCGCCCCCUUCGACCUGAUUUUCGCCCCCAAGGGGGCGAUUUCGCCCACUUUGGGAAUCACCGCUCUAGAGCGAUGUUUUGCUUCUGCCUCGUUGCGAGCGAGGGAGCGAACGAACCCCAAACAGAGAGGCAAUAAAAAAUGAGCGAGGAAGAGGGGAACGAAAAAAGAGCCGAUGAUGAUAUCGGAUAAAAGAUUGUGAUUUUUGCCUCGAGAGUCUUUCUUUGUAUGGGAGUGGAACUCGCGAGAGUUUUUUGAGUGUAAGUGGACGUGAGAAACACAACAAGCAAUAAUGAGUGCUGGACGAACUCCUCACUGCGCGGCAAACUCACGCUCGGUGCUGUUGAGGAUUUGCGUUUUGAUUUCUGAGUUUUAUUUUUUCUCCUCAGAAAAUUGGGGACUACGAAGGUUGAUGAGCCGGGAAGCACUCUUUCUUCCUACGGGGUUUCUUAUGGGAGUAUGAGUGAAAAAAAGCAAAAAAGCCUCCCUCCUCCACUUUCUCACAGAAAACCGCAAACAAAAUCAUCACCUUCGUAGUCCCCAAUUGGCGAAAUCGCUUCCUCAUUUUCUCGCGAGGGAGUUUCUGUCAAGCCUGGCAGUAGGUGCGAUCGAAUCACGGUUCUCACUUGCCUAACAGUACUCAUCCUCUUCCAAUUCCUCUGCGCUGACAGCUUGAUGUACUGUACUUCUACAGCGGUAAGCAUAUCAUGAUACACAAUUACUCGCUGUCAUGUACACAGCUUGUACGAAACGAGGAAAUUUCUCGUUGAACCUUUGCAGCAUUCGUGAACUGCCAGAUUGUCCGUCUACAGUCUCGUUCAGACGUGCCAGCUUCUAAGGUGAGUGACUGACGUCGAUCAGCCACAGCAACAUUGACAGGAUACUGAUCCUUGGCUUUGGUGAUUGUUAUUGUUGAUGCUUACAUCUCUGGCCAUUAGUUCAUUUUAUAAGUGUAGCAACGAGAUCACGCUGUUGACAAGCACACACUCACAUGUUCGAGGCAUGUGAGUUUGCGACUGAUAGUUGUGCAACUAUAGUAUUUAUACUGAGUUUACAAGGUUUCCUAGACAGAAGUUCAUCUUACGAGAGUAAGCUCUUGCAUAGUCUAGUGGGUUUCUUUCCUUUGGCGAACUACUUCGAAGCAUCAUUGCUUAUACAACGUUUUGUUGUUCUUAUAUCUUUUUAUUUGAAAUAGCUGCCAAUAAAGCAUCCCAAGCAGGGAUGAGAAAUGUAUUGAAAAAAAAAAAAACAAUUACCGGCUGUACAUUUGACAUUUUUGCUCACGAACAUCACAGGCCCAGCCAAACUCAAACUGUUCGAAAAAUAAAUGUCAUAACAUUUUUUUUUCCUGCAGCCUUAUUCCUCGAAACGGUUUCCAAGCGUGAGAGCGCCAGUACUCGAGCACAACGACGACAGAAAUUUCUGUCUCUCCCAUUUUCGCAUUUUUCUGCGUUUGAAACCGCUUCGAGGCAAACUUCUAUACAUGCAUCACAAAGCUAGAAGUGUGCUCUAGCUAUUUGUGCAACUCGAUUUAAAUUAUUUGUUAAAACAAGUGAGUAAUUUGCGGUUGAAAAUAUUUGACAUUUUUCGCAAUCACCCGCCUCAGCAUGACUGCUCAUAAAUAUUUUCGUGGGGAAGCAAAAACCAUCAAGCGUCUGCCUGACUGCCGUCGGCGCGGCGUCUGAUGGUAUUGGUGCUGUCGUUGUUUUGUUUUUAUUUUACUGCCAGUAUCGAUAAACGGUAAACAGAAAAAAGUCUCAUUCUCAUGCCUGAUCCCAAGUUUAGUUGCAGUGCUGUUGAUUUACCAUGUGGUGAUAUUGUAUGUUGCUUUCACAACAAAACGCGCUGCCAACUUCUAGUCGGCAUUUCUAAAUCAUCGUGGCGAAUCGGCAACCACAUCUGCUGCUGUUUGUGUUAGUGAGAUUGGCGAAACGUCAGACUCCCGCCCGCUGAUUGGCUGGCGACGACUCUAGCGAUGGUUUCACUCGCGACCACGCAGUUCAUCCUGUCUACGGAUAACGCUCUCUCUUCGCCCGUAAUCUCAGAGAGAUUGAUUCUCUCGCAACCCGCCCGAAGCGCACUCAGCAACUGUCAUAGCUGAAAAGAAGCGAAGGGAAGCGUGGAAUCCACAAAAUGCAUGUCAUUCCAGGCGUGACAUGCUAGCUGGUUCGUGCAAGCUUGAUUGUCUCGUGCUCGUGAUGGUCCUGAUUAUCCACUUCUCCUGCGUUGAAAGCCGCCUUUUUACGGGAUUUGCAUGCAUUCCUGCAUUCUUUUUCCUCAUCGUCGUUUACAGUUACUCCCAGUUCCAGUGGAUCUUGCUUAGGUUUUGGGAUUAUUUGGUUUUCGCCAGAUAAUGAACUCAGCUGUAGUUAGCUGGUUGAAAAGUUCGCACCAUUAAAUUCUAUGGGAUCCUAAUGAUGGUCUGUUGUCGAUCACACAUGCUCGAGGCAUGACACACGAGUGCGCCACUGCAAGUUGCACGAACCGAGUUUCACAAAGUUUCCAUGAUAGAAUUCCCCCUUACGAAAAUAAGAUUAGUUUCUGUUUCAAAAAAGAUGAUUUAGUGAAAGUGUGUUAUUUAGUUCAACCUUAGAUUUCAGUUAUUUCUAAGAAACGCAUAAAAACGACAAUUCGUCGACAGUUCAGAUGCAACGAGCAGUCUUCCAAUUUACCUCACUGAUGAUGACAACUUUAAAGCGGCACUCUUAUUCCCAUUCAAAUCAAAACCAUGUGUUGUUUUGUUUGAGAAGAGCGGGCAAAAAACAGUCCCCGCAGGCUGGGGAUUCCACAGGAAUUUGUCGUAGGAGUAGGACAAAUAAGCUGACGCAAAAAGAGAAAUGAAUACCGGGAAAAACGAGCGCUGAGCGAUCUACCUAGCAACCGUUGAUGGCUUGUGUCUUUUCUUAACGUCAUGCAAUUAUUUAGUUACUUUGGUUUUGUAAGUAAUUAAAACAAGGGACUUCAUUUCACCAGUUAGCCUUGUGGCUAAGGCUAUGGAUCGCCAAUUUAUUGACGGCGGGUUCGAUUCCCGUUCCAGUCGGGAAAAUUUUCUCGACUCCCAUCUUUUUCUUCUUUAUGGCUCUACGUCCCCACUGGAACUUGGCCUGCCUCGCUUCAACCAAGUGUUCCUUGAGCAUUUUCCACAGUUAUUAAUUGAAUGGCUUUCUUUGCCUGCUUGCAUGAAUUUGAAUGUUGUGAGGCAAGUACAAUGAUACACUAUGCCCAGGGAGUCGAGAAAUCUUUCCCGAAUGGAACAGGAAUCGAACCCGCCGUCUCCGGAUUGGCGAUCCAUAGCCUUAACCACUAGGCUAACUGGAGACUCCUGGACAUAUAGUGUAUCAUUGUACUUGCCACACAACAUACAAAUUCAUAUGGCAGGCAAAGAGAGCCCGUCAAUUAAUAACUGAUUAAGUGCUUUUAAGAACAUUAAGUUGAAGAGAGGCAGGCUAAGUUCCAAUGCAAACGUCGAGCCAUAAAGAGGAAGAAGAAGAAGAAGACUUCUAUUCACAGUUCGGUUUUCUGAUAAAACAUAACCUUUCACUGUAAUACCAGUACUACAAACACACCAGAAGAAAAAACUUCGAAACAGAUGACAGGACACACGAGACAUUUCGUAGGAGUUUCUUUGCUGGUUUCGUAGAGCAACAAAAAAAGUUUCCUCGAUCUUCUUCGGUGACAUAUGUUUCGAGCAAGCCGAGUUUCGCUUUCGCAUUCAGCAACAAACGGCGAGGACGCAGACACACGGUAUAAGGAGCAUCCAACAACGGAUUUAUCUGGUCUUGGCGGCAGGACUGUUUUGUCUGCUUUGCUCAAGAAUGUAAUGUGUGUCAUCUAGACCGUCAGCCAGCCAGCCAGCCAUCAUCGCAGAAACAGUGAUGGAAGGGCGGGCGGGCGUGCCCGCCUAGCACUGACUACCGAAUGGAGCGUAAAAUUCUAUGUUUCCCUGACGCUCCAGUGGGCUUUGUGUUAGUGGGAAAAGUUUGUGUUUUGUCAACACAAACGGGAAAGCUGGGGGAAAAUUUGUGGGAUGAUACGUGGUAUGGUAAUUUCGUAGGCGAACUUGAGUUAGCACAGCAGGGAGGCUGGCAAAUUCUUUUACGAGAAAGUUUACUGUUUAUGGAGUUGCUUGGAAUUUGAUGGUAUAAUUCGCGAAACAUGUUGAUUAAUUGAGAAAGGGACAACGUAUAUCCUUGUGAAUCUCGUUGAGAUGAGCAACUUUUCUCGGUACAAAUCUAUCAAUGUAUUUUGACGCUUCAAAACAGACAAUUGAAAUUGCUAAAUAUCAAGGAAUGAGAUCAGUGAUAAUAUUUUUUAUAGCAACAAUGAUAGUGAUGGUCAUGAUAGUGAUAAAGAUAGUCGUAGAGAUAGUUAUAGUGAUGCUCACAGAGAGAAACAGUAGCAGUGGUAAAUAUGGUCAUACCGAAAUCGUUGGUGAUAUCGAUGAUGAUAAGUGCUAGUGAUAAUGAUAUCCAGUGACAAGCUAUUAGAAAUUUCGUUAAAACUGAAAGAAUUACCUGUAAAAUUUUACAAGCACAUGGCUCAUCAACAUACCUUU